AUGUAUCCCACCAGUGUCUUCCGGAUGCAGCCCUCGCGGGCUUUCUACAGCCCCGCCCCUCGUCUGCGCAUGAUCAAGAAGUGUCCUCCCGAGCUGAUCCCUCUCGGUAUGUUACUCUACAUCGAAUUUCUCAUUGCUAACCCGCUUCUUCGCAGCGUUGCCGUUGGUGCUGCCAUUUACGCUAGCACCAAGAAGCUCCUGACCGACAAGACUCUCCGUCUCUACCGCAACAGCCCCGAGAGCCACGAUCACUAA